UGGCACUCAGGCUGAGUCACGGUGUUGCUCAACAUUUUUUGGGCGAAAUGAAAUUGAAAGUAUUUCUGUUGAGUUAUAAUUAUGGCUUCGAACUACGAGGACGAGUCAGACAGGAGUGGGUCGGAUUUCAGCGACAGUGACACAGAUGCAGAGCCUAAAUCGGAUUCAGGAUCGGAUUCAGACUCUGCAAGUCCACAGGUCUGCACAUACUACAACAAAGGCCACUGUCGCAAUGGCACUAAAUGUCCAGACCUGCACAUAUGCAAGUACUUUUUGAAAGGCAAGUGUCGCUAUGGUGCCAGCUGUCGCCUCAAACAUAUCCCUGAGUCUAACCCCCCAUCUGACCAGAGGAGCCAUGGCAGGAAGAAUCAAGGUCGCAGAGAACGUCGUCGCAGCUCCUCAUCUGACAGUGACAUAGACAGCAGCAAACCUUUUAAAUGGCAGUUGGAUUUGGGCAAUGGCUGGGAGGACGUGGCGAAUGAUUAUAUCCUGGAAGCUCAGUUCUCACGACCUAAUACUAAAGGCAUUAGGAUCUACAACACUCCCUGUGGUGUUCUGUCCAUCGACUUUACACGUAUGCGCAUCUUAAAGAAGAAGAACCUGCGGGUCAGACGCAAAGGCUCCCGACAAAGUAAUUGGCUGUGGUAUUACCGAGGAAAUCACGGAUGGCAUGUAUAUGGAAAGAAGGACCCACAGGGAAAAGUUAAUCCAGUCGAUAACUCCAAGCUGGAAAGCGAGUUCCAGAAGGACCCACAUGGCACUGUUCCCUUCACCAUGAAUGGUACCAACUACGAGAUAAAAUUUAAAGGCAUGCGUCAGGAAAACAUGUCCACAGGUCACAAGAGGAAGAUCAGAAGGCGUCCGAAGUAUGUUUCUCCUCAGACUGGCGGAGUGAAAACACUGACAAAUAUGUUGCGGUCCAUGAACACAUCUAUAUCUAAGAAGACUACUGUGUGGCAGUUCAGUGGGAGAGGAGGAAACUGGCAUAACUUCAAAUCUCGAGAUUCUUGUUCAUUAUCAAGUGCAAACAUUGAGGCAGAGUUUCAGCGUAAUCCUCAGGGCACCAUGACCUUCACUGUUAAGGAAGAUCAGUACAAGCUGGACUUCUCACAGAUGAUCCAAACCAACCUGACAACUCAAGCUGUUCGCAAAAUCAGACGUGUGAAGCAGUGAUGCCUUUCUCAGCAAAGCUCAGACUUUUUCACAAGAUAAGGAUAGAGAAAUUAUAUUUAAAGCAUGUGUGAAUAGGUUGUGAUGAUAAGCAUUUAUUAGAAUUUACACAAUUCUUUUAUGCUGCCAUUUAAAGAGACUUCAUAUUGUGUAAAUGUAUGUGAGUAUAAUACACAAACAAAGCUGUUUACAGGCAAACAGAAAAAAAAUAUUUUACAAGUGAUUAUGGUGAUUGGUAUUACAGAUUGAAGUUAUUUAUAAUGCCCAAGAUUUUUUGGACAAAAACAUUACAAGCCAUAAGUCCUCAAGACUUUGAAAGUACUAUAUUUUAGAGUAUUCUUUCUUUUAUUGUAUCUUCAUUUAUUUUUAAAUAUAAAAAUGCCAUUUGCCAGGAGUGUAUAAUUAAAUAAAGCCAAAUAAAAUUUGCAAUACAGUGCUGUACUAUACGUUUUUUUACGCAUUUAAGAAUUGUUGUAAUGGAUAAGGAAAUAAUUUUUUUCAAUAUUCUGUGUUAAUCAUAUUAUGAGUGUAAGGUUUUCUUACAGAUUUUGUGCAUCUUUCCUGUGUCCAUAAAGCAACACCCUCACUGUCGACAUUAUUAUUCCAGCAAAAAUUGUUAUCUAAUCUUACAGGAAGGAUCUGUAGGCCAGAAAAGAAAGCAGCAUAUUACAGUAAAUGCGCCUGGGUUUUGCAUGCAUGAAAAAAUAAACAAAAAAUAAGCAGAUGUCCUUAAAAGGACUGUGGCUGGUUCUGUAGGAUGCUUAGCAUUUUCUCAUAAAACUGCAAAAAUUAUACCUGAGACUAUAUUUUUUAACAUGGUCGUCACAGAUUUUUAGGUUCUUUAAUUAAUAAACAAAACAAAAGUAUUCAGUUAUUUUUUAUUAUUAUUUAAUAAAUAUAAUUUAUAAAUUAAUAAAUUUUUAAAACAUGAAUUAUAGUAUUUUUUGAAGGUAGAAACAUUUUUCAGAGAAAUCUUUUCUCUAAAGCAGUUAUUUGCAUGUGCCUAAGAUUUUUGCACAGUAUUGUAUAUGCAAAUACCUGGUGUUCAUUGAAACCCUUUGGUCUAACCAGAAAUUGCUAAUGUGUUUCCUAUCGUCCGUCUGUAUCUCGGCUCUCCCUAUGAUGUCAAUGAUUUUUGUUCUUUUGGUGUGUGGGACAGGGCACCUGGCAAAAGCUUAAAUAUGUUCUCUUUACUGAUAAUAAACAGAGAACGUCACACACAUCAUGCAUGUGCGUCUCUCUCUGGGUUCAGGGCCGGCCAGUAAGUGUAUUAAGGUGUGGCGGGGCACACACACACAUAUAUACACUGUAUAUAUAUAUAUAUAUAUAUAUAUAUAUAUAUGUAUGGGCGGCACGGUGGUGUAGUGGUUAGCACUGUCGCCUUGCACCUCCAGGGUCUGGGUUCGAUUUCUGUCUCUGUUUGCUUGAUCUCCCUGUGCUUGGCGGAUUUCCUCCGGGUACUCCGGUUUCCUUUCACAGUCCAAAGGUUAGGCUAAUUGGCAUUCCCAAAUUGCCCGUAGUGUGUGAGUAUGGUAUAGGCCCCAGGUCCCCGCGACCCUGAAUACAGACUAAAGUGGUGUAGAAGAUGAGUGGGAUAUACACUCACCUAAAGGAUUAUUAGGAACACCUGUUCAAUUUCUCGUUAAUGCAAUUAUCUAAUCAACCAAUCACAUGGCAGUUGCUUUAGUGUAUUUAGGGGUGUGGUCCUGGUCAAGACAAUCUCCUGAACUCUGGUGAAAUGGCCACCACUUUGAGCACUUUUUGUAAUUGUAGAGGCCAAAAGUAUUUGUAUUAAUCGUAUAAUGUCUCAAUAAAUUCAGUAUUCAAAUAUUUAUAUAAGUUUAUUUUUUCCUGAAGUGUGUGUAAAUUUUUUGGAGUACUCUAUAUAUAAAACUUUGUUUCAGCUUCUCCCGUCAAGGGGUCACCACAGCGGACCCUCCGAGCCGCACACAACUUGGCACAGGUUUUACGUCGUAUGUCCCUUCUUGGCGCAAGCCUCCCAUUUUACAUUUACGUGGCUGAACCUGUAUCUGCAAAUAACCUACAACAUGCAAAUACAGUAUGCGCAGGUGUAGGCAUAGUUACAAUACUUUAUACAGGAGGAAUGUUGGGUAUGUGACUAAUGUUCAAGGUAUGUGUUUACAUGUGUGUAUGUAUGUGUGUUGCCUUUAUUGAGGGCCUUAGCCUGUGGGAGGAAGAUGUUCCUCAUUCUCUCUGUGCUGAUCCUCAGGAGGUGGUGCAGCUUUAAUGACAGUAACAGAGAGAAGACUGCAUUGCUCACGUCAAUGACUGUCAGAGAACUUUCUAGAACUGGUCCAGGAAUGCUUGGUAUUUACAGUAUGUAUACAGUAUAGAGAGAGUGUGGGUCAGGAAGCUUAGUUUGUAUGGUACACUCAAGCACAUCACACCACUUAUACACACACACAUGGUCUGUGCUGGAUUUAUAAUAGUUUUUGGGUUCAAAUUAUAUAAAAAUAUAAAAGCCAAAGCUCUCUCUCUCUCUCUCUUAGUGCUAAUCACGCUAGCUAGUGUCAGACGCAGCACAACGCGCUAGCUUGUCAUAUUAAAAUUACUGAAACAGAAAGGAAACCGAAAGCAAACAAGAAGAGGAAAAAAAACAAGCUCUUCCACGUCUAUCUACUGCCUCUUCUUCACCCAGUGUGUUUAGACCUGCACUGCCGCUAAAUAAUGGUGUUUAUGAAGGGUUAAACGUUUUUCUCUUAGUCAUCGGUUUCGUUUCUGUUCUUCAUCUUUCGUUUCUCAGCGACUCACACGGGACCGUAGUAAGAUAGAUUUGGACAUGUUUCAUGUCCCAGCACUUCCUCAGGAAGCAAAUGCUCCAGG